CAUCCUGUGAUGCUGGCUUCAGGGAACAGCUCUUCUCAUCCUGUGUCCUUCAUUCUGCUUGGGAUCCCAGGACUUGAGAAUUCCCAGUUUUGGAUUGCCUUUCCAUUAGGUGCCAUGUAUGUGGUGGCUAUAGUUGGAAAUAGUGCUGUCCUCCAUAUAAUCCGAACUGACCACACCCUGCAUGAGCCCAUGUACCUCUUUCUGGCCAUGCUGGCUUUCACUGACCUGGUCCUCUCUUCUUCCACUCAACCUAAAAUGCUGGCUAUACUCUGGUUUCAUGCUCAUGAGAUUGAAUACCAUGCCUGCCUCAUUCAGGUCUUCUUCAUCCACGCCUUUUCUUCUGUGGAGUCUGGGGUGCUCAUGGCUAUGGCCUUGGACCGUUAUGUGGCUGUCUGCUUCCCACUCCACCACCCUAGUAUCCUGACCCCAUCUGCAGUGUUUAAACUGGAGGCAGCUGUGAUGAUGAGAGGACUGCUGUGGGUGAGCCCCUUCUGCUUUAUGGUCUCCAGGAUGCCCUUCUGCCCCAACCAGGUCAUUCCCCAGUCAUAUUGUGAGCACAUGGCUGUGCUGAAGCUGGUGUGUGCUGACACCAGAGUAAAUCGUGCAUAUGGGCUCUUUGUAGCCUUCUCUGUGGUUGGGUUUGAUAUAACUGUCAUCAGUAUAUCCUAUGUGAUGAUUUUGAGAACAGUGCUGGGGUUGCCCUCUGGUGAAGCCCGGCUCAAGGCUUUCGGCACAUGUGCUUCCCACAUCUGUGUCAUCUUGGCUUUUUAUAUCCCAGCCCUGUUUACUUUCCUCACCCACCGUUUUGGACAUCAUGUGCCCCGAGUGGUUCGCAUCGUGUUGGCUAAUCUCUAUCCAUUGGUCCCUCCCACACUCAACCCCAUCAUCUACGCAGUUAGAACCAAACAGAUCAGGGACAGGGUUAUUCCAGGAUGUUGUGGAAAAGACCCCUGA